AUGGAGCUUGGAAUUACCUAUGCAACCCUAGAGACCACCAUAUGGAACCUGGAUAAGGGAGGAGGCCGCUCCCAGAACGGUGUGCUAAAGAUGUCCAGCUUAUACAAGUCUGUUCUUACCAAUUCUGCGGGCUCAAAGCGUGGGUCAGGUACACCUUUCCGCGGCCGUUCAACGAGAGGAGGGCACCGACCCCCAAAUUCAUCUGACUCAGGUGUACCUGCUGCUGCCGGAAAUAAUGCAUCGAACCAAGGCCACCCUGUGAGUGCCAGAGGAGGUCGCGGCAGGGGUGCUAGUUCGUCACCAUUCGGCACUUCAUCACACGGAAGCCCCCAAGCUGGAGACAAUAGUGGUAGAGGCGGGUUCACAGGCUUUCGGAAAGGGUCUAAUCCCCCUGUCGCUCAGACGAAUGGCCAGCAGGCGUUCAACCCGUUUGGACCCAAAUCAAAUGCACCGGCUAACGCACCAUCUGGCUCUGCUACUCGAGGCAGAGGAAAUCAUCAUGCCAAUUCUGGACAAACUCGUGGAGGACGUGGAGGAACUCGCGGGUUUGGAGCGAUUGAUCGAUCCAGAGAUCCAAGGCGACGCAAUGAUCCUACCCCUACGGUCGUCAAGCAGGCAGAUAAUAUCGAAGACUAUAACACUCGAUAUGAACGGCUAAAACAAGAUCGCGCCCGCCAGCGCAUACAAGCUAUCAAAGCCGGAAUUAUGCCCGACCCGGAUCAGCCCACUACUUUGAAGCAGGCAAUCACUCCAACAGGUAACUGCACGGAUAUGUGUCCUGAGUUCGAACGAGUAGAAAGGAUUGUCCAAAAAAUGGUGGAUAAAUGUGAAAAGCAUGUUGACCCGGACUCUGGAGUCUCUAGUAGUAUGGAAGGGAGGAUGAUAAAACGAUUCAGAAGAUCAGCUGCUGGUAAGGACGAGCAGUUGCCAUCAGAUAUCCGUACCCCUAAAACACUGCUACAAACGAUCAACUAUAUGCUUCGCCAUGUUACUACCAGUGAUGAGACCCUUGGUUCGAGGCACAAAUUUGUUUGGGACCGGACACGUUCAGUACGAAACGACUUAUCCAUCCAACAAGUUAGCCAGAAACAAGAUAUCGAAAUUGCCGUCAAAUGCUUCGAAAGGAUUGCUCGUUUUCACAUUUUGUCGCUCCAUCUGUUAUCGAGCCCAACGAACCAGGAGCAGUUCGACCAUCAUCAAGAGCGAGAGCAACUAAACAAUACCCUUCUAUCGCUGCUUUAUUACUACGACGAUAAUCGCGGAAGACUUACAUUUCCAAAUGAGGCUGAGUUCAGAGCUUAUUACAUUUUGUUUUCCAUCCACGACCAACGCCCGGAUCUUGAAGCUCGAGUUCAAAAAUGGCCCCGUGAACUACGGGAGUCUCCUCGGGUCCAGGUGGCCAUGGAAAUGUUUGCAGCUGCAGGAAAUACCUGGGAGUACCAAGGCACAUUAGAUGCUAAACGGCCUAAUCCGCUUGCUCAGGGUCUCUAUUCCCGAUUCUUCAAGCUUGUCAAAUCGAAGAGUGUGUCUUACCUUAUGGCUUGUGUGGCAGAGGUCUACUUCAACCAAGUCCGCCAAACAGCGAUUAGGUCAAUCUGGAAAGCGUACUGCCGACAACCUGCCUCUCAGCAGCAUAAAAAUCAAGAAUGGACGGUCGAUGAACUCACUACAGCUUUGGCUUUUGACAAUGAUGAGCAGACAAUUGCCUUCUGCGAAGAGCAAGACCUUGAGUUCGCAACCAAUAGUGAGGGCCAGCUUUAUCUGAAUUGGGCUAAUCGUCCACUUGACUCGGUUGUAUUCCAACCAUCUUCCCGGCAGACUUUCUCUUAUCGACUUGUUGAGCAAAAACGCUGCGGAAGAUCACUGGCUGCCGUCAUUCUUGGAAUGAGUGUUUCCCAAGCCAUCAGGUACAAAAUGAUCGAUGCCUCUCUCCUUCAAAACGAAUCCUCCGUUCAAUCGAUGCAAGGAGACGAAGAGGGCCUUUUCGUUAGCGACGAGGAAGAUAAGCCGAACCCCUUUCAAACAACGCAGCAGUCACCAUUUGAAACGAUUAAUAAGCCAGCCGUAACAUUCGGUACACCGUCACCAGCUGUUUCUACGUCACCUUUCGGUCAAAGCUCUCCAUUUGGACCCCCAUCUAACUCCCGGUUAUCUCCCGCUGCCUCGCCCUUUGUCCCUCAAAACUCUAAUCCUAAGCCAACCGUUCAGUUUGGGCAGCCAAGCCCGGCUCAAACUCCAGCCUCGUUAUCUUUGUCACCAACACCUACAAUACAAAAUUCAAGUGAAGCUUCUGCCACAGCUACUUCUAACCCGCCUACAUUCUCAUCAACGUUUCCUACAGUUAACGUGUCUGGUUUUGGGUCACCGUCCUUUUCAUCACCCAGUACUAAUGGGGUAUUCAAAGGAGAGCAAACCACUCAAGCUGCUCCAACGUUUGGUUUUGCCUCCACUGCGCCUACUGACACGGCCGAGGCAACUGAAGUGAAGCCUGCUGAUCCGAAGGCACAGCAGUCUCUGUUUGGAUCCGCUUCACCAUUUGGUCCCCCGGCCGAAACUAAGUCUUCUGAAGUCAAACCUGUUGAUUCUCCAUUUGGGAAACCUCAGCAAACAUCUUCGCCCUCGCAAGAUGAAACUUCAAAGAAGCCAUCUCAGCCUUUAUUUACUCCUUUCCCUGGGAGUGCGACCAGCCAGAAACCUCCUUUGUUUGGACAAAGCUCGAUCUUUACGUCAGGAAAGCCAGCUCAGUCCGCGACCGAACAGCCAUCAAAUGAAGGCAGCACCGUCGAAACGGCCAAGGCCGCAUCCCCUUUUACCAUGUUCCAGCCAACUUCAUCUAUCGAUUUGACUGGAAAUCACGAGACAGUGGAACCCGCACCCCGUUCCUCGGCAAAGUUCUCUUUCACAUCCUCUCCCUUUGAACUUAACGACUCUGAGCGAGCGGCGUCUAAUGCUCAACCGUCAAACCCAUUCCAAUUAGAGCCAAGUACUGAUAUACAACCUGGCCCCUCCCUGGAACAAUUGAAAGAAGCAGAAGAGGAAAAGUCAAAAGAGAGGGAAGAAGCUGAAGCUAAAAAGGCAGAAGAGGAAGAAAAGAAGAAGCGAGAAGCACUUCAGUUAGAACAAGAAAGAGAGCGUCAGAGGCUUGAGGAGGAGAAGGCUAAGAAAGAAGAAUUGGAGAGACAGGAGGCUGCUGCCCGAGAGGCGGCCAGAGAGGCACUACGAAAGCAAAAGGAGGCCCAGGAAGAAGCCAGACGCCAGGCUGAGGAGAAAGAGCGGGCCGAGCGUGAGAUUCAGCGUCAACGGGAGCUUGCGCGUGAACUCCAGGCAGCUCAGCGAGAAAUAGCAAGGAGACAAACAGCUGAAAAGAAGGCUGCACGAAAAGAAGCUGCCAGGCGGGCCUCGAUAGAAGCCGACAUCAUGAAACGAAAAGCCGACGCACUUAUCGAGGAACUGGAUGUCCACCAUAAGAGAGGCUCAAAAGUAGCCAGGCUCACUCCGGAAGACGAGCUUUCGGUGGAGGAGCUUAUGACUAGUAACCGACCUAGACACAAGAAGCCUCCAACAUCUGCUCCCCAGCCUUCGAAACCUGCAAUAGACGAAGACGAGCUCCUUCUCUCUGCAGCUAGGCUGGCUGCCCAUACCUUGUCUCAGGGAGCUCGACUAUGGGACGAGGUCCCAGACUUUACCCGCUCCGUUUCUUCCCCGUCUAGCUCCGUUUUCGGGAGAUCAAGCAUUGGAUCCCAACCUAGCUUUGAUGGAUCCCGUGCAAUCGUUAACGGGUAUGACGUUGCUCUCGCCCCUUCUUCGCCGCUUGGUUUGGGCAGGACUCUCUCCAGGACAGAACAAAGAAUAAGGGCCACUGGUGCCAAAGGCCUUGCAACCAAGCCAAUCACACCCUCCCAAAGGGUGAAAAGGAACAGUGAGAAAGGAAAAGAACCGCAGUACUAA